AUGUCGUUCGGUGGUCAAACACCGACUAUUGUUGUCCUCAGAGAGGGCACCGACCAGUCGCAGGGUCGCGGUCAGAUCGUCUCCAACAUCAACGCCUGUCUCGCCGUCCAGUCAACCAUCAAGUCUACCCUGGGCCCUUACGGAGGUGAUCUCUUGCUUGUCGACGAGAAUGGCAAGCAGACCAUUACCAACGACGGUGCCACCGUCAUGAAGUUGCUCGACAUUGUCCACCCUGCCGCCCGCAUCCUGACCGACAUUGCCCGCUCGCAAGACGCCGAAGUUGGAGAUGGCACCACAUCAGUUGUUGUUUUGGCCGGAGAGAUUCUCAAGGAGAUCAAGGAGCACGUCGAGCACGGUGUCAGCAGUCAGACCAUCAUCAAGGGUCUGCGAAGAGCCAGCACCAUGGCCGUCAACAAGAUCAAGGAGAUUGCCUAUGUCUCCAAUCGUGUGCGCUCUCGCAGACGUCCGCUAACACGCCCUACAGUGGUUGUCGACGCCGUUCUCUCCCUCGACCAAAACGACCUCAACAACAGACUCAUCGGUAUCAAGAAGAUCACUGGUGGUGCCCUGCAAGAUUCCCUAUUUGUCAACGGUGUCGCAUUCAAGAAGACCUUCUCCUACGCCGGUUUUGAGCAACAGCCCAAGGCCUUCAAGAACCCCAAGAUCGUCUGCUUGAACGUCGAGCUUGAACUCAAGAGCGAGAAGGACAACGCCGAGGUCCGUGUUGAGCAAGUGUCGGAAUACCAGGCCAUUGUCGAUGCUGAGUGGCAGAUUAUCUACAACAAGAUGGAGGCUCUCUACAAGACUGGCGCAAAGAUCGUUCUCAGCAAGCUGCCCAUUGACGACAUGGAGCGUGUUUGCCAGUCUACCGGCGCCUCAAUCCAAUCUACCUGCUCCGACAUUCACGAAUCCCACCUCGGUACCUGCGAGACUUUCGAGGAGCGUCAAAUUGGUGGAGAGAGAUUCAACUUCUUCGAAGGUUGCCCUGGCGCAAAGACCUGCACCCUUGUCCUCCGUGGCGGUGCUGAACAAUUCAUUGCCGAAGUCGAGCGCAGUCUGCACGAUGCUAUUAUGAUCGUCAAGCGUGCCAUCAAGAACCAGAGCAUUGUUGCUGGUGGCGGUGCUUGCGAAAUGGAGAUCAGCAAAUACCUUCACACCUACGCCGACAGCAAGAUUCCUCAUAAGCAGCAAAGCAUUAUCAAGGCCUUCGCCAAGGCACUUGAGGUCAUUCCCAGACAGCUUUGCGACAAUGCUGGUUUCGACGCUACCGACAUUUUGAACAGACUGCGUGUUGAGCACAGAAAGGGUAAUCUCUGGGCUGGUGUCGAUUUCCAGAACGAGGGUGUCAGAGACAACAUGGCCGCCUUUGUGUGGGAGCCCAGUCUCGUCAAGAUCAACGCGAUUCAAGCCGCUACCGAGGCCAGUUGCUUGAUCUUGAGUGUUGACGAGACCAUCAGCUUCAGAGACCGCUUGAUUUUGGACUUGGAGAUCUUCUGA